AUGUUCCAGUACCACAGUGACAUGGGGGUCCACGAGAGGGACCAGAAAAAAUGGGCACUGAUCCGAAACGUCAACCAAGCGUUGAAAGUCCACCCGCUUUUGUCGUGGCGAUCUGCGGGCGAUAUUUCUUCCGGACUUCAAUGUCCUGUCUGUAUUUUCUCCCAGGGGGAUUAUGUAUGGAUGGACCUCAGGACCAGGCGGGAAUUCGAUGUUCCCAUCGGAGCAGUGGUCAAGCUGUGCGAUUCCGGACAGAUCCAGGUGAUCGACGACGAAGGAAAUGAGCACUGGGUCUCUCCUCAAAAUGCCAGCCACAUCAAACCGAUGCACCCCACUUCGAUCCAUGGGGUGGAAGACAUGAUCCGUUUGGGGGAUCUGAACGAGGCCGGCAUUCUGAGAAAUCUUCUCAUCCGUUACCGGGAGCGCCUGAUUUACACGUAUACAGGCUCAAUCCUGGUGGCCGUCAAUCCCUACCAGUUGCUUCCCAUUUACUCCCCGGAGCAGAUCCGUCUCUACACCAACAAAAAGAUCGGGGAGAUGCCCCCCCAUAUUUUUGCCAUCGCGGACAAUUGCUACUUCAACAUGCAGAGGAACAACAAGGACCAGUGUUGUAUUAUAAGCGGUGAGUCGGGCGCGGGAAAAACCGAAAGCACGAAGCUGAUCCUCCAGUUCCUGGCGGCCAUCAGUGGUCAGCAUUCCUGGAUCGAACAGCAGGUUCUGGAAGCCAACCCUAUCUUGGAAGCUUUUGGGAACGCGAAGACCAUCCGUAACGACAACUCCAGCCGCUUUGGGAAAUACAUCGACAUCCAUUUCAACAAGCGAGGAGCGAUAGAGGGAGCUAAAAUCGAGCAGUACCUUUUGGAGAAAUCCCGCGUCUGUCGACAGGCUCAAGAUGAGAGAAACUAUCACAUAUUUUACUGCAUGCUGAAAGGAAUGAGUUCGGAGCAGAAAAAAAUGCUGGGACUUAAGAAAGCAACGGAUUAUAACUAUCUUUCCAUGGGCAACUGCAUUACUUGUGACGGUAGAGACGAUAGCAAAGAAUACUCCAACAUCCGGGCGGCCAUGAAAGUCCUGAUGUUCACCGACACGGAGAACUGGGAAAUCUGCAAACUUCUGGCCUCCAUCUUGCAUAUGGGAAACCUGCGAUAUGAAGCCCGGAAUUACGACAAUCUCGACGCUUGUGAGGUUGUCCAUUCUGCGUCCUUGAUAACGGCUGCGUUGUUGCUGGAGGUUGAGCCUCAGGAUCUGAUGAACUGUCUCACUAGCCGGACUAUCAUAACCAGAGGAGAGACCGUUUCCACGCCUCUCAGCAUGGAGCAGGCCAUAGAUGUCAGAGAUGCCUUCGUGAAGGGCAUUUACGGCAGGCUUUUCGUGUGGAUUGUGGAGAAGAUCAACGCGGCCAUUUACCGGCCGCCUUCCCACGAGAACAAAAACGUCCGGCGAUCCAUCGGAUUAUUGGAUAUCUUUGGAUUUGAGAACUUCACAGUUAACAGUUUCGAGCAGCUCUGCAUUAAUUUCGCCAACGAGAACCUGCAACAGUUCUUCGUCCGUCACGUCUUCAAACUGGAGCAGGAAGAAUACAACCUGGAAAACAUCAACUGGCAGCACAUAGAAUUCACGGACAAUCAGGACGCUCUGGAUAUGAUCGCCAUCAAACCGAUGAAUUUAAUCUCUCUGAUUGACGAGGAAAGCAAAUUCCCCAAGGGAACGGACGUCACCAUGCUCAACAAGCUGAAUUCUCAGCACAAGCUGAACAUCAAUUACAUCCCGCCGAAAAACAGCCACGACACUCACUUUGGCAUCAACCAUUUUGCCGGCGUUGUCUACUAUGAAACCAAAGGGUUUCUGGAGAAAAACAGAGACACCCUUCAUGGGGAUAUUAUCCAGCUGGUCCAUUCCUCAAGAAACAAAUUCAUCAAGCAGAUUUUCCAGGCUGAUGUAGCCAUGGGGGCAGAGACCAGGAAACGGUCCCCGACGCUCAGCAGCCAGUUCAAGCGCUCGCUGGAGCUCCUGAUGAGGACUCUGGGGGUCUGCCAGCCCUUCUUCGUCCGGUGCAUCAAGCCCAACGAGUACAAGAGGCCCAUGUUAUUUGACCGGGAACUCUGCGUCCGCCAGCUGAGAUAUUCCGGGAUGAUGGAAACUAUCCGAAUCCGCAGAGCUGGCUAUCCGAUACGAUACACCUUUGUGGAAUUUGUCGAUAGAUACCGAGUCCUCAUGCCAGGGGUUAAACCCGCCUACAAGCAGGGAGAUCUCCAUGGAACGUGCCAGCGCAUCGCUGAAGCCGUGCUGGGCAAAGAUGACGAUUGGCAGAUUGGCAAGACAAAAAUCUUCCUAAAAGAUCACCAUGAUAUGCUGUUAGAAAUUGAACGGGACAAAGCCAUUACCGACAAAGUUAUCCUUAUUCAGAAAGUGGUUCGUGGAUUUAAAGACAGAUCUCAUUUCUUGAAAGUGAGGAAUGCAGCACUCAUGAUUCAACGAAAUUGGAGAGGCCACAAUUGUCGACGAAACUACGAGGCGAUGAGAAUCGGCUUCCUGAGGCUUCAAGCUCUCUACCGUUCCCGCAAACUCCACCGGCAGUACCACAUGGCUCGCCAGCGUAUCAUCGAAUUCCAGGCCAGGUGUCGGGGCUUCCUGGUGCGUCGUGCUUUCCGCCAUCGCCUUUGGGCGGUCUUCACCAUCCAGGCCUACGGACGAGGGAUGAUUGCCCGGCGGCUGUAUAAAAGGCUGAAGGGGGAGUAUUACCGACGACUGGAAGCAGAAAAAUUACGACUGCUGGAAGAGGAACGGCUGAGGAAGGAAAUGAGUGCGAAGAAAGCCAAGGAGGAAGCAGAAAAGAAACAUCAAUUGCGCCUAGCCCAGCUGGCUCGAGAAGACGCGGAAAGAGAGAUCAAAGAGAAAGAGGAAGCCCGUCGGAAGAAGGAACUUCUGCAGAAGAUGGAGAAGGCUCGGAACGAACCCGUGAACGAUUCGGACAUGGUAGACAAAAUGUUUGGAUUCCUGGGGACAACGGCGUCGUUGCCGGGACAGGAAGGGCAGGCGCCGGACGGCUUUGAGGAUCUCGAAAGAGUUGGAAGAGUGCUGGAAGAAGAUGACUUAGAUAUGGCCCUCCCACUGCCCGAGGAAGAAGAAGAAGACUUAUCUGAGUAUAAAUUUGCAAAAUUUGCUGCCACGUACUUCCAGGGCACAACCACGCACGCUUAUGUACGUCGGCCUCUGAAACAACCCCUGUUGUACCACGAGGAUGAAGGCGACCAGCUGGCAGCCCUCGCGGUGUGGAUCACCAUUCUCCGCUUUAUGGGGGACCUCCCUGAGCCGAAAUAUCACACCGCGAUGAGCGACGGCAGCGAGAAGAUCCCGGUCAUGACCAAAAUUUACGAGACGCUGGGGAAGAAGUCCUACAAGAAAGAACUCCAGGCCCUUCAAAGUGAAGGAGAAAGUGCCCACCUAGAUGGCCAUAAGAAGAGCAGCGUGCGACAGAAAUUGGUCUCUUUAACCCUCAAGAAAAAAUCAAAGUUAACCGAAGAGGUGACCAAACGCCUUCACGAUGGCGAGUCCACCGUCCAGGGGAACAGCAUGCUGGAAGACCGCCCAACCUCCAAUUUGGAGAAACUGCAUUUCAUUAUUGGAAACGGUAUCCUGAGGCCAACUUUAAGAGAUGAAAUCUACUGCCAAAUCUGCAAACAGCUGACCCAAAAUCCUUCCAAAAACAGCCACGCCAGAGGAUGGAUCCUGGUGUCCUUAUGCGUGGGCUGUUUCGCCCCCUCUGAGAAAUUUGUCAAGUAUUUAAGGAACUUCAUUAUCGGGGGUCCCCCGGGGUACGGCCCGUAUUGUGAAGAGAGGCUUAGAAGGACGUUUGUCAACGGGACCAGGACGCAGCCCCCAAGCUGGCUGGAGCUUCAGGCGACCAAAUCCAAGAAGCCGAUCAUGCUUCCCGUCACAUUUAUGGACGGCACCACCAAGACCUUGUUAACCGAUUCAGCCACUACGGCUAAAGAGCUCUGCAGCUCGUUGGCCGACAAGAUCAGCCUGAAGGACCAUUUUGGCUUCUCCCUUUACAUCGCGCUCUUUGACAAGGUCUCUUCCCUUGGAAGUGGCAGCGACCACGUCAUGGAUGCCAUCUCUCAGUGCGAGCAGUUUGCCAAGGAGCAGGGCGCCCAGGAACGCAACGCCCCUUGGCGACUCUUCUUCAGAAAGGAAAUCUUCACCCCCUGGCACAAUCCCACCGAAGACUACGUCGCCACCAAUCUCAUUUACCAGCAGAUUGUCCGAGGGGUGAAGUUUGGAGAGUACCGAUGCGAUAAGGAGGAAGACAUGGCCGAACUAGCUUCCCAGCAAUACUACGUGGACUAUGGAUCCGAAAUGGUCUUGGAGCGCCUCCUCAAUCUGAUCCCGUCCUACAUUCCCGACCGAGAAAUCACGCCUUCCAAAACGGUUGAGAAGUGGGCUCAGUUUAUCAUCGCUGCCCAUAAAAAGGGAAUUUAUACUCAGAAGAGGAUGGAUCCUAAAAGAGUUAAGGAAGAAGUGGUGGAUUUCGCUCGUUUUAAGUGGCCUUUGCUGUUCUCCAGGUUCUACGAAGCAUUUAAGUUUUCAGGUCCCAGCCUUCCACAAAACGAAUUAAUUGUAGCGGUCAACUGGACCGGGGUGUAUUUCGUAGACGAACAAGAACAAGUCCUUCUGGAAUUUUCCUUCCCGGAGAUAACAGCUGUCUCCAGCAAUAGCGGAGGGAAACUCCAAGGACAGAGUUUCACCUUGGCGACCAUCAAAGGCGACGAGUACACCUUCACCUCCAACAACGCCGAAGACAUCCGUGACCUGGUGGUCACUUUCCUGGAAGGGCUGAGAAAAAGGUCGAAAUACGUGGUCACCCUGCAAGACAACCCCAAUCCAGCUGGCGAUGAUUCCGGUUUUCUCAGUUUCCUCAAAGGAGAUUUGUUGAUCCUGGACCAGGAUACGGGAGAAAACGUGAUGAAUUCUGGCUGGGCCAACGGGGUCAAUGAACGGACCAAGCAGAAGGGAGACUUCCCAACCGAUUCGGUCUACGUCCUGCCCACUAUGACCACACCUCCUCCGGACAUUGUGGCUUUGGUUACCAUGACUCCGAAUCAGAGACAAGAAGUUAUAAGGACAUCGCAGCUGGUGAUGAGUGACAGCGAAGAGAGGAUCAAACCAUACACGCUGGAAGAAUUCUCCUACGAUUAUUUUAGGCCUCCUCCCAAACACACCCUGAGCAGGGUGAUGAUCACCAAAAAUCGAGGAAAAGACAAGUUGUGGUCCUACACCAGAGAGCCGAUCAAGCAGCCCUUGCUGAAGAAGGUCCUGAGCAGUGAAGAGCUUUCCCAAGAAGCUUGCAUGGCCUUCAUUGCCAUCCUGAAGUACAUGGCCGAUUACCCCUCCAAAAGGACCCGCUCAGUGAAUGAGCUGACCGAUCAAAUCUUCGAAGGGGCCUUGAAGGCGGAAGCUCUCCGAGACGAGAUUUACUCGCAGAUCCUGAAGCAGCUGACCGACAACCACGUGAAGUACAGCGAAGAGAAAGGCUGGGAACUGCUCUGGCUGUGCACCGGUCUCUUUGCGCCUAGUAACGUCCUGCUCCUUCACGCCCAGAGGUUCGUCCAGUCGCGGAAGCAUCACCCGCUCGCCAACGACUGCCUGCAGAGGCUGCAGAAAGCUCUGAGGAACGGGUCCCGAAAAUAUCCUCCCCAUCUGGUGGAAGUGGAGGCCAUCCAGCAUAAAACGACACAGAUUUUUCAUAAAGUCUAUUUCCCCGACGACACCGAUGAGGCAUUUGAAGUGGAAUCGGGCACUAAAGCCAAGGACUUUUGUCAAAGCAUUUCCAAACGGCUUCUCUUAAAAUCAUCGGAAGGAUUUAGCCUUUUUAUUAAGAUUUCGGACAAGGUUAUCAGUGUCCCGGAAGGUGACUUCUUCUUUGACUUCGUCAGACAUCUGACCGACUGGAUCAAGAAAGCGAGACCGGCAAAAGAUGGGCUGGUGCCUUCUCUCACCUACCAAGUGUUUUUCAUGAAAAAGCUGUGGACCAACACCAUGCCUGGGAAGGAUUCCAUGGCGGACUCGAUUUUCCAUUAUUAUCAGGAAUUACCGAAAUAUCUUCGGGGCUACCAUAAAUGCACCCGGGAAGAAGUCCUACAGCUUGGAGCCCUGAUCUACAGGGUGAAAUUUGAAGAUGAUAAAUCCUGUUUUCCAAAUAUCCCGAAACUGCUCAAGGACUUGGUACCCGAACCUCUUAUUCGACAGCUGUCGCCGGAUGACUGGAAGAGGUCCAUCGUGGCCUAUUUCAAUAAACACGCAGGCAAAACGAGGGAAGAGGCGAAGCUGGCUUUCCUCAAGAUUAUAUUCCGGUGGCCUACAUUUGGAUCGGCUUUCUUCGAAGUGAAGCAAACCACUGACCCAAAUUAUCCAGAACUGCUCCUGGUUGCCAUCAACAAACAUGGCAUCAGCCUCAUUGACCGUAAAGGCAAGGACAUCCUCAUCACCCAUCCCUUCACCAAGAUCUCCAACUGGAGCAGCGGGAACACCUAUUUCCACAUCACCAUCGGCAAUUUGGUGCGAGGGAGCAAGUUGCUAUGCGAGACGUCGUUGGGCUACAAGAUGGACGACCUACUGACCUCUUACAUCAGCCAGAUGCUGACCGCCAUGAGUAAGCAGAGGGGCACAAAAGGGAGCAAGUGAACUGAGACCACCCGCUGGCCGCCCCUCUGCCAGCUGAGGGCCGUGGGCUACCCUUGCAGCUGGGGCAAAACUUUCGCAACUCAUGUGUGGAAAAUGAGCCGGACGCCUUCCGAAAACCGGUCGGAUUCUGAGGACUCCGAGCAAAUGUCCACUUCGAGCGAAGAUGAUUACUUGUGAGGAAGAAAAACAACAACAGCCACCUUUCUUUCUUUUCCACCAGCACUAAUUAUUAUUAUUAUUUUUCCUCUCAGCUUUUGGGAUAUCGACCUCUGCGUCUCUUUCGGAUGUGAUACCAGAUUGAAAAAAGGAGGAAAAAAAAAUCUAUUUUUUUUUUAGGGCAUAUUGGAGAGGUUAGGAAUUUUUAUUUUAUUUUUUUUUGCAAACGGGCUUUGAGAAAGCCGUUGAGGAAGCCAGAACUGUGCUAGAAAUGGGAUUCUAUUAUUUUUUUUUAAAAAAAAACACCUUCAGGGGUUUAUUUUAUUUUGUUUGUUUCCUGAGGUGAGAAAACAAGUAAUCUUUUUAAAGAGUGGGUUUGGCUUUGUUUUUGUUUUUUUAAAGGAAGCUUCGGGAAGGCAGAAAAAAGGAUGUUUUGCAGGAAAAAAAGGAGGAAGGAAAACAGUGGUUGGAUAAAUGGAGAGACGAGGGUUUUCGAUGUGCAAUAACUGAAACUGAGGAUUUGGUUGGCGUCUCCUGCUUGAAUAGGGGGGUGGACUAGAAGACCUCCAAGGUCCCUUCCAACUCUUGCUAUUCUGUCUUAUUUAUCACAGCAAGGGGAUUUUUCAAAGUUAACCUAAACUGAGACCACUGAGUCAAAUUUCUGAUAGAUCUGCCUCUUAUUUUUUUUUAUUUUUUUGGAAGAAAUUACAUUUAAAAAAGAAAUACCCUGUUUCUAAGGGGUGGAGAGUGAAGGAAUUAUUAUUUUUUUUGGACGCUGCCUCAGGAAACUUGAAUUGAGGAAUGACGCUGAAAACACGUUGCUAAAAAAAUAUAUAUAUUUGUUCAUUCCAGGUUCAGUCUAGGAUUGAGCUGACAAAAUUAUUCCAGGCCGAACUUUAAAAAAAAUCAGAAUACCGUUUACUCCUUCACGGUGUUCCUCUCUCGUGAUCCAAUGAAAUAUUCCUGGAGGAGGAAAAUGCUACCCUAGUUCUUUCAAUUUUGAACGUGCAAUAAAGAAAGAAAGAAAUUUGUCUGAUUUGAAUUUCUUGAAUAUGUACGUGAUGAGUUUUAGGGAAGAUCAGAGGGAUGAGAGCAGAAGCUUGAUUGUAAGGGGAUAUUUAGUGAGGUUCCCCUUAUAAUUUACCUACAAACUUUUAACACAGAAUGAGGAGGAAUUUUUUUGGGUAAUGUUGCCUUAGAACAGUGGUUCUCAACCUUUAUAGUGCUGCGACACCUUUAAUACAAUUCCCCACAAUGUGGCGACCCCUUUAAUACAAUUCCCCACGAUGUGACGACCCCAACCGUAAAAUUAUUUUCGUUUUGAAUUGAUCGCGCCUAAAGCCGUCUUGGCUAGCGAUCUGAACUGCUUGCGAUUGCCUUGAGGACAGAGGCAUUAAAGCGGAGACUCCUCCCCUAUUAAGUUUAUGGCGCCUGAAGCCAGAUUAGGCUAGGGAUUGGGAGUGAUUGCAGCUGGCUUGAGAGGGAGACGUCAGAGCAAAGAUUUCUCUCUUUUUUAAUUCAUCGCGCCUGAAGCCGAAUUCGGCUAGCGGUUUGAAGAGCCUGCAGCUGGCUUGUGGAGUCAACCAUUGGAGCGCGAUUCUUCGACUCGCAAGUAUACUUCCCUUAUUUCCGAUGGUCUUAGGCCACCCCUGGCAAAUCGUCAUUUGACCCCCAACGGGGUCGUGACCCACAGGUUGAGAACCGCUGCCUUAGAAGGACACAAGAAAGAAAGAAAGAAAGAAAGAAAGAAAGAAAGAAAGAAAGAAAGAAAGAAAGAAAGAAAGAAAGAAAGAAG